AUGACAGGCGGUUCUAAAAAAAGUUCCAUCAGCGUAACUUCGAAUAAUGAGUCUAUGCUUGUCUUCAAUAAAGAUAUUUAUAAAAGUCACGAUGCCAUUAUUAUAACUGACGAAGCCAGGAAAGUAAUGUCCAAAGGAUUAGACGAAGAACGCACUGAGAAAGAGUUACGUGCUCUUAGAGAUGUUGUUGCUGGAAUGAAAUUAAUUCACAAAGGAAUGCAAAUUAUACAAGAGAGCUUAUGUAGAGUUAUAACUUACGAGAGACACAGCGCUGAAGAAGUUCUAUAUCGACAACCUUGGGAACAGUUUAUGUCUUGCUAUUACAUAUUAUCAGGAACUGUUAGAAUGCUGUACGAACAGCCAACAAUGAACGUUAGAUGUGGCCUAAUCCAUCAACAUUUCACUGGAGAAUAUAUUGGUUCGUUAGCAUUAAUAGAAGAUGAUCCUAUCGGAACUGGUGCACCCUUACCGAUGCGUAUGGUCAUUGUAGAUGCAUGUGAAUUACUACGGAUUGAUCAGAGGCAAUUUAAGUUGACAUUGGAAGCAAUACAAGAACGACAUAAAAAGAAAAAAAUUGAGUUUAUGAAUAAUACAAGCGUCGUAAAGUCUUUGCCUGAAGCUGAUAUGUUGAGGAUUAUACCUCUAUAA